AUGUCGCAGGAGAAGCUUAGAUCAAUGACUGUGCUCGAUCUUGUGGAGGACGAAGUUAUCUCGCAAGUGCAGCCCUGUAUUUCAGGACCAAAAAGACCUCAUGAUCGGGUGACCUUGAAAGAUAUGAAAUCUGACUGGCAUGCCUGUCUUGAUAACAAAGUUGGGUUCAAGGGAUUUGCUAUACCAAAAGAGGUACACGACAAAAAAGUGGAUUUUUCAUUCCAUGGGCAGCCAGCAGAGCUUAAGCAUGGUAGCGUUGUCAUUGCUGCAAUCACAAGUUGCACCAAUACGUCAAACCCAAGUGUCAUGCUAGGGGCAGCUCUUGUUGCAAAGAAGGCCAGUGAACUAGGUCUACGGGUCAAACCAUGGGUAAAAACAAGUCUUGCCCCUGGCUCAGGAGUUGUUACAAAAUAUCUUCUCCAGAGUGGGUUGCAGAAGUAUCUGAAUGAACAGGGUUUCAAUAUUGUUGGAUAUGGAUGCACUACAUGCAUUGGAAACUCAGGAGAUUUAGAUGAUUCUGUUGCGUCUGCCAUAGCUGAAAAUGACAUAGUAGCAGCUGCUGUUCUUUCUGGAAACAGGAACUUUGAGGGCCGUGUACAUCCGUUGACAAGAGCUAAUUACCUUGCCUCACCUCCGUCAGUGGUUGCUUAUGCUCUUGCUGGCACGUGUGUGAUUCACUGCUUCCUGAGAAAGUGA